AUGUCUUCAAUUAUAAGACUAAGACUUCAGUUUUUGGCGACUGAGAAGGAAAUAGAGAUAGAGGAGCAUGCCACAGUAGACAAUCUAAAAAAUAAAGUUGAAGAGAGUCUUUCUAUUCCUGUCGAUCAACAGUCCCUCACUGUUGAAAGUAGAAAUAUCGGAGUAUCUACCAAGACUAUAGUUGAGAUCGGACUAAAGGACGGUUCCAUAGUGGUAGUGAAGAGGAUUCGUAGAGUGAAUGGCACGGCAAAGAGUGGUGGUCUGAGCUCGCUCAUCAAGAACAAUCCUAUGGUUAAAAAUAUGCUGAAGAAUCCAUCCGCUAUCAAAACGAUUCAGGAAAUGUUUCCUGAUCUGAAAAGCGAAAUAGAGGAAAAUUCCUCCUUGAACAUGCUUAUGAACAAUGAGGGGAUGGAGGAUGAGCUGGAAAGAUUUGCAGCAGACGAUGACUAUAUGAACACACAAAUGAGAAAUGCUGACAUAACUAUGGCCAAGCUACAGAACCUACCCGACGGAGUUAGACUUAUGAGUUCCCUGGCCAAGGAUACUGGCAAUCUUGGGAUGAUUAAGCCGUCUCCCGGGGAGUUGAAAGGGGGACAGACCCUGACAUCCAAGAAUAAUAAGGCCAUUCCAGGCAAAAACGCAGUGAAUUACCUGGUGGAGUAUAGAAAGCAGCUACUUGAAUUGAAAAACAUUGGCUUUGAAGAUGUAAAAGAGAAUAUUGAGGUAUUGAAGAGUGUCAAUGGAGAUCUACAAUCUGCACAACAGGUUUUGAUCAGAAAAUACGAGGCAAACCUUAAAUAG